GAGAGACAAAUGGGUUUUGGUGGAGGUUGAGCGAUAUGAUCGCCCUGUGGGUCUUUUGGAGCAUCUUCACAUGUCCAACUCACCCUCUUAAUCCUCUUCCAUCUUCUUCCUCCUCCUUAUAUAUGUUCCAUUAAUUCAUUACCCAUCUCACCAAAGCUUGUUCUCACGGAAACACCACAACCCUUCUUCUUCUUCUCUAUCCGAUCUUAUCUUCUCCUCCAAUGGAUCUUGUCUUCCUCUUGUACGUCCUCUUUUUCUGUUCUUUCCUCUUCACGGUGUGGAAAUGGUUCGAUCUCAAACGAGACCUGGACUGUUACAUUUUAGAUUACCAGUGUUACAAACCCAGUGAUGACAGAAUGGUUGACACCGAGCUCUGCGGCAAGAUUAUAAAGAGGAACAAGACUCUUGGGUUGAGCGAGUAUAAGUUCCUUUUAAAAGCCAUUGUCAGUUCUGGCAUUGGCGAGGAAACCUACGCUCCCAGAAUCAUGUUCUCAGGCCAUGAAGAAAACCCUACUUUAUCCGACGGCAUUGUCGAGAUGGAAGAGUUUUUCCACGACAGUGUCGGAAAACUCUUGUCCAGACUCGGUGUCUCACCGCAGGAAAUCGAUGUGUUAGUCGUUAAUGUCUCGAUGUUGGCUUCUGUUCCGUCUCUGGCAGCCAGAAUCAUGAACCAUUUCAAGCUUAGAGACGAUGUCAAAGUCUUUAACUUGACCGGAAUGGGCUGCAGCGCCAGCUUGAUCUCGGUUGACGUCGUACGCAACAUCUUGAAAUCGUAUAAAAAUGUCUACGCUCUCGUUGUCACCUCUGAGUCUCUGAGUCCUAACUGGUAUGCCGGGAAUGACAGAUCGAUGAUUCUCGCUAACUGUCUUUUUCGCUCCGGUGGCUGCGCGAUGAUGUUGACAAACAAGAGAGCUUUGAAAAACAAAGCCAUGUUUAAACUCAAGUGUCUGGUUCGAACCCACCAUGGCGCCAGAGAUGAGUCCUACAACUGCUGCAUCCAGACGGAAGACGACCAGGGCCGACCUGGUUUUCACCUAGGGAAGAAUCUUCCCAAGUCAGCAACACGGGCGUUUGUCGACAAUCUCCGAGAGAUAUCUCCCAAGAUCUUGCCGGUGAGAGAGCUGCUGAGGUUCAUGGUGGUUUCUCUCAUAAAAAAACUCAGAGGAAACCCCGGGAAAGCCGCCGCCGGAGGACCCAUGAAAGCUGCCGUCAACUUCAGGACCGGCAUCGAACAUUUUUGCAUUCACACCGGCGGUAAAGCUGUGAUCGACGGCAUAGGGUACAGUCUCGAUCUGACCGAAUACGACCUCGAGCCGGCGAGAAUGACACUGCACAGAUUCGGCAACACGUCGGCGAGCAGUCUCUGGUACGUGCUGGCUUACAUGGAAGCCAAGAAGCGGCUGAAGAAAGGUCACAGAGUUUUGAUGAUCAGUUUCGGAGCUGGGUUUAAGUGCAACAGUGCAGUGUGGGAAGUGAUGAGGGACUUGAAUGCAGAAGGAAACGUUUGGAAGGACUUUAUUGCAAAUUACCCACCAGAGUCAAUUGCAAACCCUUUCAUGGAAAAAUACGGGUGGAUCCAACACGAAGACCCAGCCACUUUCAAGAUGCCAGAUUAAAGGGUGUUGAAGAAAAAAAAAAACUGAGACUUAAAAGGUAAUUAAUUUAAUUACUUGCUUUUUUCGGGGUAAAAAAAGAAAUAUUGGCUGGGGGGUUGGGAGGAGAUAAAUAUUUACAUUUAUUUCCGGGUAAUUUGAUUAUUUUCCCUCUGCACACUGUUUAUCAAGUUUUCUUAUUGUUGAAUCCA